AGUUUGGGCUUUUGAUCCCCUUCCAAUGUGUAUCUUUGAAUGAUACUAUGAUAGUUUUGCUUAAAAAAAAAUAAUGAAGUAAUUUAAGACCUUGGAUUGAAAUCAUUGAAUAGCACCUUUUCUUCUCUUAUUUAUGUUUUCUAGGUUUGUCUAAGAAGGAUGAAAUUUAUUUCAAAUAAUUUUUUGUGAUUCUGUCCUCUGAAUAGAGUUGUCACGAAAGAUUUUUUAAUCCUCUCGGGAAAGUGACUCCUGGCGAAAGAUAAAUUGUAAAGUUGAUGUAUAGAUUAUUGAUCGGGUUAAAUUAGAAUGUGGGAUGGACCACUUGAGCAGCACAGACAGAUGUCUACUAUUCCCAUGUUUGGUGUGAUAUGAGUGGUUUGGGGUAGAACAAGUUCUGGAAGGAUGAGAAAUAUUAUGUGGUUAUCACCAGCUUAUGGCCAUUCUUCCAAGAAAUUCAUAUGCGGGGGGAGGUUGGUAUUUGGGCCAGACGCUAGGUCCCUGUUUGUCACCUUGUUGCUGAUUAUUGUUCCAGUUAUAAUCUUUUGUGUAUGUGUAGCAAGGCAUCUCAGGCAUGAAUUUUCUCCAUAUAAUUCUGGAUAUGCUAUUUUAGCAGUGGCUAUUCUUUUUACUAUUCAUGUUCUGGCGGUUCUCUUUCUUACUUCCUCUGGUGAUCCGGGCAUUGUUCCAAGGAAUUCUCAUCCACCGGAAGAAGAGUUUCGUUAUGAUUCUUCUGUCUCUGCUGAUGUUGGGGGAGCUGGACGGCAAACACCAAGUCUCCAGUUCUCUCGAACCAAAGAAGUUGUAGUCAACGGCAUUGCUGUAAGGGUGAAAUAUUGUGAGACUUGUAUGCUGUAUCGUCCUCCUCGUUGCUCACACUGCUCCAUUUGCAAUAACUGUGUUGAGCGUUUUGAUCACCAUUGCCCCUGGGUGGGCCAGUGCAUUGGUCUGAGGAACUAUCGUUACUUCUUUAUGUUUGUUUCUUCAGCAACUAUUCUGUGCAUCUAUGUGUUUUCCCUCUCAGCUCUUUACAUCAAGGUUCUGAUGGAUAAUUAUGACGGCACAGUUUGGAAGGCAAUGAAAGAAUCCCCUGCAUCUGUGAUACUAAUGGCUUAUUGUUUCAUCUCUCUGUGGUUUGUUGGUGGAUUAACUGGUUUUCAUUUAUAUCUCAUAGGCACAAAUCAGACUACCUAUGAAAACUUCCGGUACAGAGCUGACAGCAGGAUCAAUGUUUUUAACCGGGGUUGUUUGAAUAAUUUUCUGGAAAUGUUUUGCACUAAAGUAAAGCCCUCAAGGAACAAUUUCAGGGCAUUUGCCAGAGAGGAGGUACCGAGGCCACUGGCUCCGAUCAUUGCACGGCCUCGUGACCCAGAUGACGGCUUGGGUGGAGAUCGGCGCCCAAAGGUUGAAGAUGAUCUUGACAUUGGUGAAGACCUAUUGAAGAUAUCACAGCGCAGGAACAUUGAAGAACUUGACGAGGAGAUUCGAGGCAGAGGGAGCAAUGGAGCACCCCACCAUACAUCUGAACCUGACUCAAUUUUGUCCUCAGAUCAUCGAGCUCCCACCAUUCGAUCAGAUGCUAGGCACUCAAGUUGGGACAGGAGUGGAAACUGGGAAAUUGCCCAAGAGGUUCUUGCCAGUUCAAAUGUCACAGAAAGCAGAAACUAUUCAAAGGAAAUGCGCCAGUGAGGAGUUGUGGUUUGUCUCUUGCAAUAUUUUUAAUGGCAUCAAUCAACCAUAUAUGAUGUGGGGUUCCUUGGAUACUAAAGAUGGAAAAGAAAGAUUGGAACUUGGUAUAAAAACUUAGCCUACCUUUUUUGUGGUAACCCUAGUUCAUUGGGAAAGCAUAUAAAUGCGUGCAUGUAAUUUGUUUGAGACCCACUGUCCUUUUUUUAUCCCUUUCUUUUUUCCUUAUUUUUAACAGUCCAAUAUAUGGAUCUCAUCUUUCCCUGGUUUUAUUCUUUGUGUAAAUAACCAGUUAUGAUACUGAAAAAGCUUCUCUACAUAUACUGCAUUUUAGGUACGGUAAAACUGGGCCCUUUGAUGUUGUAAGUGCUUUUACCUU